AUGCUUAUGCACUGUAUUUCCGUAAAUUGUGAAACUUUUACUUUAUUCAUACUUUCUGUUUUCUACGUCAAAUCAACGUAUGAGCAAUACAUCAUUGAAGUAUGGGAGCCAAAAUCAAGUGGGUUUCAAGCCGUAUUACAGUGCGAUGCAACAGGUGCCGAUUUCGGCAGUGAAAUUCCAAUGUUGAGUUUCAAUGCUAAUGAAACUGGUUGUGCAUAUUUUACAGCGCCUGAAGAUUCAUGUCAGGAUACUUUUAAUAAUCGAACUGGGUGUAUCAAUUAUUACGCAGUGGUACCUCGUGGUAACUGUAGCUUCUCCGAAAAAGCGUACCAUGCACAACGGGGAUAUCCAGAUCCGUACAGUGCGCUGAUUAUAUUCAACGAUGAUGGCCAUUCACCGGUACCAAUGGCUGGCAGCAAGUAUGCAGAUCUAGUUGUGAUUCCAGUCGUAAUGGUAAGCUAUGCAUGCAUGACAAAUAUAAUGGAUCGUUUUUCGGCUGAGAAAGGAUAUGUAGUGGCGAUACGCGCUAUUCCUGGGUAUUACGAUCUUGUCAAGUACCUUAUCCCUUUAAUCGCCGUCGUGGCAUUUUGUUUUGUUAUUCUUUGUAUAUCAUUGGCAGUACGAGUAUGUCGCGAACGCCGACAUUUAGCAAAGAAGAGAUUAUCGAAGCGUAAUCUGAAAAAAUUGCCGGUCAAAAAGUUUAAAAAAGGUGAUGGAGAAGAAUCAUGCGCUAUAUGCAUCGAUGACUUUGUCGAUGGUGAGAAAUUGCGUAUAUUACCGUGUAAUCAUGCUUAUCAUUGUAAAUGCAUUGAUCCGUGGCUGACAAAGGUUCGAAAAGUUUGUCCCAUAUGCAAACGAAAAGUUUUAUCGUCAGGAGAAUCUCAUUCAUCAGAUUCCGAUAAUGAUGAACGCGAUUCCACAUCAGCGUCUGGUUCUACAACGGUAUAUCGUGAAAAUGCUCCACUACUUCGUAAUGCUGAGGCAUUCGCAUCUGGAAGUCCUUCAACACCCAUCCAGAGAGGACUGCAAAGAAAUAUGCAAGGUGGACGUAGGCCACCUUUACGCGUGAUUAUAACAUCCCCUACUGAUACUGCUUUGCCAGCAUCUGAAACAGAUUAUCCAACUACCGCUGGUGCGGAAAUUCGUGAAAAUGGUGGUACUAGUGCAAUAUCAAGUCGAAUUGAAGCAAUUUCCGAAACUUUACGCCGAACUUUACGUCCAUAUUAUCAGCAAAUUAUCAGUAGAUCGAUACGUGUCCCAUGGAGAAAUACUACGAGUGAGUCGGGAUGCGAAUCUGGGCCGAGCCCACAAAGACCUUUUGUAGUCGACAAUAAUGCUUUUGAAGAAAGCAAUGAAGCACUCAAUAUAGAAGGUUCUUCUGUUGCUGAUCAACGUGACUCUGAAGCUGUAGGUAUUUUUCCUUCGGAAGCAGCGCCUAGCAGAUUAACUUAUGCUGUUCCUGAAUUAGAGGCUGAACCAUCCAGAGAUGAUCAACUAAAUUCUUCUACCACUGAAAGAGUUUGUGCUAUCGAACCUAUUGCAAAUAUAUCAGUAGAUACAAGGAAUGAUGGUACAACUACAAUGUCUACUAAUUUAUGUUCAACUGUUGAUGGUUCGACAGAACAUCAUUUGAAUAUUGGGGAGCAAAUUUAA